GAAAACGAGUACCGCCUCACCCGGUACCUCAUGGCCAACUACGACCCCUCCGUCAGGCCAGCCAGGAACUCGUCCGAAGCCUUGUCUGUCGUCUUCGGCCUCUCCCUCCACAGCAUCAUCGACGUGGACGAGAAGAACCAGAUCCUGACGACGAACUGCUGGCUCACCCAAAUCUGGACGGACUCUCACCUCACGUGGAACGCCACCGACUUCGGGGGAAUCAACGUCAUUCGCGUGCCCUUCAUGAGGGUGUGGAAGCCGGACAUCAUCCUGUAUAACAACGCCGAUGCCCAGUACACAUCAGCCACCAUCAACACCAACGUGAUCGUGACGGCGACGGGUCAGGUCACGUGGCUCUCACACGGGAUCUACAGGUCAUCGUGUGACAUGAACGUCGAGUAUUUCCCCUUCGACAUCCAGUCCUGCAAGAUGAAGUGGGCGUCUUGGACUUACGACGGAUAUCAGCUCGACCUCAACAAGCAGAUGGACGACGGCGACAUGUCCAACUACCAGACGAACGGAGAAUUCGACCUGGUGGAGUUCACGGCGGCGAAGAACAUCACUUUCUACUCGUGCUGUCCCGAGCCUUAUCCUGACAUCACGUUCACCAUUAAGCUCAGAAGAAGGCCGAUGUUCUACGUGUUCAAUCUCAUUUUGCCUUGUGUUCUUAUCAAUGGCAUUGCCCUCCUGGUGUUCUACGUCCCGAGCGAAUCCGGCGAGAAGGUGACGCUGGGGAUCUCGGCGCUGCUGUCCAUGACGGUGUUCCUCAUGACCAUCAGGGAGUCGCUGCCGCCCACGGAGAAGACGCCGCUUAUCAGCAUGUACUACGGCGUGACCAUCUGCCUCGUGAGCUUCGCCUCCGGGAUGUCGGUGCUGACGCUGAACAUUCACCACCGGGGCGUGAGGGGCAUGGAGCCGCACGUGGUCAAGCGGCUGGUGCUGGGCUGGGUGUCCAAGCUGGUCUUCCUGCACUUCGAGGAGCCCGUCAUCCCGGCGCAGGACGACAAGAAUAUCAAGAUGAAUGACCUUCGGCCGGAGCGCGGAGUGCGUCUGGACUCCAUCACGACGGAGAAAUUUCACCUCCAGGAGGUCGAGGCCGUUGACCACUUCAGCGUGUCGCCGAGAUUCGCGCCCAGAAGACACACGGCGCCCAAUAACGACGCCACCACCAUGCCCACGCCCCUACCCGCCACCCCGCAGACAUCAGAUUUCGAAAACCAGUUCAUGAGAGUCCUGAACAAAGUGUACCAGACAAUAGAGAAAAACGAGAUGAGAUUAGGCGAGCAGGACCGGAAGGAGGCGACGCGGGUGGAGUGGCAACAGGUCGGUUUCCGAGAAUGA